UGAUUUAUAUGUUAUGUUACAUGGUUAUAAGUUUUUCUAACAUUUUUGCAAGUCAAAUAGUAAAUGGGACCUAAAGUUCUCAGUGUUCCCCGAAGAAACAUCAGCCCACACAUGUCAUAGGAGUGGUCUAAGAAAUCAUUCAAGCCAAUCCUUUGUGUUUGUCAUUUUACCAUAUCAUAAUUAGCGUAGAAUUGAGGAAAAAAUCUUAUUUCAAAUGUCGCUUGUCAUGCUGUCCCUUUGUUACUUGCUACUUAAGCUGACAUUUUUGAGGAGGACUUGGCGGAAAAAAGGAGGGGUUUAGAAUUUGGACAUUUCUGAAAUUAUGCUAAGUGUAAAAUGUAUUUAUUUUAUUCGAUUUAAUCUUUAUCUAACCAGAGUAGCCACAUCGAGAUUAAAUCUCUUUUUCAAGCCAGCCCGAGCAAUGAAUUUAGCUGAAGUUACCACUAACAACAUUCCGAAACAGGACAAAAUAACAAACAACACUUAACGGCACUUAAGUACAAUUACAAACAGGAACAUUCAUACUGAAACAAUUCUCUUAUAAUAGAUUAUCUCUGAUAAUGGAAUUCUUUUAGCCAGUUUCAGAUCUUUGUGCCAGUCAUUCCAUGGUGCCGGGGGUCCAAUAACUAUAGGCCGUCUUACCAAAUUUGGAUCUCACUGAAGGAACAUCUAAAUAAAUAUGACUGUAAGAAUGUAAAUUCUAUGUCAGUAUGAAUGUAAAUUGUAUAAAUCGAUAUUUUAAAUGCAGACAGAAUGGUAAGCUUCAUAUAAUUCAAGUUCAAAGCAGGAACACCACCUGAUAAGGUAGCUGGGUAGAUAGAUAUCUAUCCAUAUGUAAUCAGCACUACUGAAAAAUUACACAUUGCAGUUUUGGUUUUAGUCUCUCUGCAAGAAAGACACCAUGGUGUCUGUUGCCUAGCAACUCCAUGCACUUUCCCCUCAUUAUACCUUUAAGUUCACUUGGGACAUGGUGCUCUUUUUGGCUUUAUGGCCUUUGACUCAUCUGCAUGACCGACAGGAGUCUAGACAAGAGCUCCAGAUUAGCUUUCUUUCUCCACUAGAGCCAUAUCCUUUCUUUAAAAUUGCAUUCAUAUUUUAUUGGAGUGCAUUUCAAUAUUAAUUAGCCUAUAAUUUUAUACUGCCACAAACAGAAUGAACUGUAUCGGUAGAGGAGGUGAAAAUGAUCACCUCUUAAACAAAGAGAAUCAUGAGGCUGCAAUGUGCAGUUUUAUCCAGAAUUCGAAUGUUCCUGAAUUUGUUAUUAAUUAUCUACAGAUAUGCCUAGAUUUUACAUUUUUUUUAUGCUACCCAGGAACCAUGUACAACUUUUCCUCUCCUCACACAGGAAUACUUUUCCAUUUAUUUCACUGUCUUACUUCCUAUUCACUGUGUUCACUAGAUAAGCUAUAACAUGGUAUAAUAAAACCUUCCUAGUGCACUGUCUGCCCUGUGAGAGACUCAAGAUUUGAGAUUCAGCCACAGAAAACAUUACUCCAGUGUAGAAAACUUUAAUAGCAAUUCAAUAGCAAUUUUAAGAUGCAUAUGUUUUCAUUUUUAUGCAUGUAAAAUGGAAAAAUAGAAAAGGAUAAUAUAAAAGGAACCUCUAGUUUGUGAUCACUCCAUCAAGCGAGUCAGUUGGCCAAAUAGUUGAGGAAAAUGUGACUUGAUAGACUUGUGUUGCGAUUUUUUUUUUUCCAUUUGAAUAAAAGAUUGGAGUAGUAUUACUUUGGAAACUGAAAGAGAAUAUUAUUCAAACUGUUAAAUGUAUUCUGACAGCUCCACUCCCUACUCAAACACAUGGUUAAUAGUUCUUAACAAGUGUAACAAGUCAGCUGUGUUUCUUUUUAACUGACUAGAUUCGCUUUUCUCUUUCAAAUUCAGAAUAGUGAAGCAAAAAACAUCCAGUGAUGACAGGUUCACUGAAACUGGACAGGAGAAGAUUGGAAAAACAUUGCCUUGUCUGUUUGUAUGUGGUUCUCAAAACUCUGUCGAUCUUCAACUGUCCAUUUUCAGUGAGUCUGUGCCUAUGAUAGCCCCAGAUUCCUUUUCUUGGCUGGCAGAAGAGGAACCCGAUGUGGUCUUCCGCUGUUGUAGCCCAUCCACCUCAAGGUUGGACGUGUUGUGCCUUCUGAUAUGCUUUUCUGCUCACCGCAGUUGUAAAGAGUGGGUGGUUGAGUUACUAUAGACUUCCUGUCUUGUCGAACCAGUCUGGUCAUUCUUUUCUGUCCUCUCUCAUAAACUAGGUGUUUCGGGUCACAGAACCGCAGCAAACUGGAUGUUUUUUUUUUUUUUUUUUUUAAAAAACACCAUUUUUUAAUGUAAACUCUAGAGGCUGUUAAAAUCUAGAGUGCAUGAAAAUCCCAGAUCAGCAGUUUCUGAAAUGCUCAGACCAGCCUGUCUGGCACCAAUAACCAUGCCACGGUCAAGGUCAAUGAGAUCACAUUUUCCCCAUUCUGGUGUUUCACGUGAACAUUACCUGAAGCUCUUGACCUGUAUCUGCAUGAUUAUUUGCGUUGCACUGCUGCCACGUGAUUGGCUGAUUGGAUAACUACAGGUUUUCCUAUUAAGGUGGUUGGUGAGCGUAUAAGAGAGCAAAAUUGUUAUAUGAACACCUGAUGAUUUUUUUUUUACGUGGUGUUCACUUCUUGUUUACAUGCUUUUGGUCUUUUAAAAAAAUUUAAUGAAUGCCCUAGUGUGGAUAUGUGUGUUAUCCCAGUUGCAGGUCACUUAAUGUUUAUUAUUUCUGUCAUGCUGGUGCAUCUGAGUGCCAAAUGAAAUGCUUCCAACGGUGAUGGCACUGACAGCGUGGGAACGAUGUGGUGAUUCUUUUGUUGUUGGGUCUUAAUGACUUAGGUUGGCAUAUGUCUGCUGACCUAACUCAAACUCAAGUCUGUGCUCCACAUUAUUUAAUUUCCUGCUGGUUCUGAUCAGGACUUCUUUUGAUACCACAGAACUGUAGCAGAGUGUUUUAAUGAGCACAGGAGCAUGCCAUGAAUCCCUGAGAAAAAAGACCUGAGUUGAAAAGAGACUGAAAUUGUACAUUCAUACCUAUAUAGGUUAUAGGAAACUAGACUCUAGUUACAUGGAUCACAGGGAAAGGAAUGAUUAUUGAAUUAGGGCACUUGUGGCUCAACGGUUAAGGCUCUUGGUUACUGAUCAAAAGGUUGGGCUUCAAGCCCCAGCACCACCAAACUGCCACUGUUGGGCCCUUGUGUAAGGCCCUUAACCCUCUCUGCUCCAGGGGUGCUGUAUCAUGGCAGUUGCUCCUGCGCUCUGGCCCUAGCUUCCUAACAAGCAGGGAUAUGUGUGUUGUAAUGUAUAUGUGACAAAGAAAGGCGGCUGCUUCUUCUUCUUUUUCAUCUCUUCCUCUUCUUCUUCUGGUCAGACACAUAUCGGCUAUACAUAUGCAUGAUAAUUGAAGACCCUUGCUGUAGUCUAAAACAGAAGGUUGUUAUACCCUACUUCUUAUAGUGCCCUAAUGUUCCUCUUAGCUUUUCUAAUAAAAUGAUAUGAAAGGAACUCCUUAUCUGAAAUGAUUGUCGGUAACUUUUCUUGACUUGUCAUGGAAGGACCUGUAUUUGUAAAACUUCUUUCAGGAUUGGUAGAAGCUGUGUCCUUUCAUUUAAUGCUGAAUCUAAGAUAUUAUUACUCACCAUAAAUAGUCACUAGACAUUUUUGAUUAAGUGGGCUACAUCUGCGUUCUGAGGCUUGAAAUGUUUUAAUUAAGCUGCAAGAACAUUCUCUUAUGGAAAAGGUCUGUGAAAAAAGGGGUGUGAAUGAUCAGGCAUGACCAUUUUACAAGCUCACCAUGCAGGCCUGAGAAAUAUUGCACUGAUGCCCAUAGUCUGUGGAAACCAAAGGACAAGGACAUAGUCUUAGUGAAGUGGAGCUUGCUGCCACAACCCCAUCCUCAAAAAUGCUCCAGACUUAAGAUGCUCAGUUGGUGAGGCGUCAUCAUGACAAGCCUGAAACACUCACCUUCUGAGCGGCCUGCUCUGGGGACUGUCCAGGCACCUGAAGAAUUUUACACUCGUCCGUUACGCCAGACCAAUGGAGGGGUAUCCCUUCUACGUCCAGAAAACUCUUACCAGGCAGGGGGCAUGAUUGGAGUACCGAAGAUGGGAGUCCGAGCUCGGGUUGCUGACUGGCCACCUCGGAGAGAUGGGGGAACUUUGCGACUACCCAAUACAAAUGCUGAUACAAUGACUCACACGGGAGCUAGCUCAGGUAGUCAGCCCAAACCUGGUGCUCUGAUUGGUCCUCAAGAUUCUUUUAUGCUCCAAAGCAUCCAAAAGACACUCCAGAGCAAGAUAAAUCCAGCCAGUUGUGGAAGCUCCAUGGAAGAGCAGUUGCUCACAGUUAAUGACCAUAGAAGCUCCUCUCGUGGUAACACUAGACGCAUCCGGCAACGUAGUAAUAGUGACAUGACCCUAAGUGAAGUUGACGGUAGUGGAGAUAGCGGGGAAGAUUGGGGCACUAUAGGGACAAAGUGGUCUCCAUUGCACCGGGAGUACGGCAGCACUUCUUCCAUUGAUCAGCAUGCAGUUUCCUCCUCUGAGGUCUCAAGGAACAGCUUCUUUGAGAUGCUAAAGGGCUAUGAGGGGGAGAAGCAAGACCAACGCAGCCCAGCACCUGAAAGACUGGCAGAACUUCUAACAGUCUCUACCAAAGAGCAAGAUCUGCUGGACUCUGCCGUAGAGGACUUUAAAAAUGAGUCUCCUUCUAGUCGGUUGAGAGAACGAGACAAACCCCCGAAGAGAAGGUCCAAAUCAGAGACAGGGGGUGAAUCAAUAUUCAGGAAACUCCGCAGUGCAAGGACAGAUGUGGAUUCUCCCAGGGUGGGUUCUGAUAUGGAGGACAACCGUCUUGAAGAUUCCAAACCUCCCUUAAAGCCCUGGGUCUGCCAGAAAGGUUUUGCACACUAUGAUGUUCAGAGUAUGUUGUUUAACAUGAAUGAGGUGAUCCAGAACAGACAGAACUCUGCAGCCAAAUGCAAAAACACUACUUCUGGUGCCUCUGCUGCUUCUGCUUUUUCUGGUUCAGCAACAUCCACCUUAUCUUCAACACACAGCCUGCCAUACAGUUCUCCUGGUGGAAGCCAGGAGGAACUUAACACACGGGAUAGUCCCACUUUGGACACAGCUGAUGAUGAGGGCAACGGACUAGUACUGAAAUGUCCUUGUUUCUGUACUGAAACGGGGGGUGACCUUAGACAUAAGGUAGGGGUUGUUGUACCAGGUGAGCUGGGUAGUGGGAAUUCCAGAGUUUUUGGACGAGAUGAAACUACACUAAGCCACUAUUGCACCAAUGGAGGCAUUGCUGUUGUAGAGGGUCCCAAAGAUGCAUCCAGCUUACUCAGUGAUAGGGACAAGCAGUACGUCAUUGAGCAUGUGGACCUUGGAGCAUAUUACUACAGGAAAUUCUUUUACUUGAGAGAGCAUUGGAACUACUUUGGCAUAGACGAGGUAUUGGGCCCAGUGGCAAUAAGCAUAAGGAGAGAGAAGUUGGAGGACCACAAGGAGCAUGGCCAGCAGUAUAACUACAGAAUAAUAUUCAGAACCAGUGAGCUGACCACCUUGCGUGGCUCUGUACUCGAGGAUUCAGUGCCUUCCACUGCUAAACAUGGCACUGCUCGAGGAUUACCCCUUAAAGAAGUGCUGGAAUACCUGCUCCCAGAGCUGGACAUCUCCUGUCUGCGGCUUGCCCUCAAUACACCAAAAGUCACAGAGCAGCUGAUGAAAUUGGAUGAGCAGGGGCUUAGUUUCCAGGUGAAGGUGGGGGUAAUGUACUGUCGUGCAGGCCAGAGCACAGAGGAGGAGAUGUAUAACAACGAAAUGGCUGGUCCUGCCUUUGAAGAGUUCCUCCAGCUCCUGGGAGAGAAAGUGCGAUUGAAAGGAUUCAGCAAGUACCGGGCUCAGCUGGACACCAAGACGGAUUCCACUGGGACACACUCUCUGUACACUGCAUACAAGGACUAUGAGAUCAUGUUUCACGUGACAACUAUGCUGCCAUACACUCCAAACAACAAACAGCAGUUGUUGCGGAAAAGGCACAUUGGGAAUGAUAUAGUCACCAUCGUUUUCCAGGAGCCAGGAGCUCAUCCCUUCACCCCCAAACACAUCCGCUCACAUUUCCAACAUGUCUUCAUCAUCGUCCGCGUUCACAAUCCCUGCUCUGACAACACCUGCUACAGUGUGGCAGUCAGUCGCUCGAGUGAUGUGCCCUCGUUUGGACCUCCAAUCCCCAAAGAAGUGACUUUACCCAAAUCCACCGUGUUCAGAGAGUUCCUUCUGACGAAAGUCGUCAACGCUGAGAACGCCGCUCACAAAUCGUCCAAGUUUGGCGCCAUGGCUACACGCACGCGUCAGGAGUAUCUGCGCGACCUGGCCGAGCGGCAUGUCACCAGCACACCGGUGGAAUCAUCGGGAAAAUUUCCUUUCAUCUCUCUGGCACAUAAGAGAAAGGAGAAGAUCCGCCCUUACGCAGGGGCAGAGCUGCGCAGCCUGGGCGCAAUCACAUGGGCGGUGCAUUUGGAGGACCUGGCGAUGGGGGCGGAGCGCGAGGGUCUGCUGGCCAUCUCCAAUGAGUUUGUCAUUAUCCUCGACCAGGAGAUCAAAGCAUUGGCAUUCAACUGCUCCACAAGAGAUGUGAUUGGCUGGUCGCUGGGAAGCCCUGCCUCCAUGAAGAUCUACUAUGAGCGUGGUGAGAGUGUUUCACUGCGAUCCAUCAAUAACAACACAGAGGACUUCGGCGAGGUCGUCAAACGCCUGGAGCUAGUGACUAAGGGGAGUCAGACGAAGGAGAUGACGCUGAGGAGGAACGCUCUGGGCCAGCUCGGUUUCCAUGUGAACUUCGAGGGCGUUGUAGCUGACGUCGAGCCCUACGGCUACGCGUGGCAGGCAGGGUUGAGGCAGGGCAGCCGAUUGGUAGAGAUCUGCAAGGUGGCCGUGGCAACGCUGUCACACGAGCAAAUCAUUGACCUGCUGCGCACCUCAGUGACGGUCCGAGUGGUGAUCAUCCCUCCACAUGAGGACUCCACUCCCCGCAGAGGUUGCUCGGAGAUAUACCACAUGCCACUAGUAGACUACAAGAACCACAAGGAGGGGAUGCCCUAUGAGUACAAGUUCCCCUUUCGCAAUAGCAAUGAGAAGUGGCCUCGACCCACCGCUCCUCCACAGACUGUGGUCUGCACUUCCCAGAAUCGAAAUGUCAACCAAGGCCAAGGGGCAACACUAAGCAAGACGCAGAAUUCGGACUACGCAAGACGUGGUUCACUCCUCCCUCGCAGUGUGUCCAGUGAAGGCCGCCCACUGAACGCUAAACGAUAUUCUCCAGGCUCUGAUAACUACGCCCUGGCUUGCUCCAUUGUGAUGGGGCGGUCUCCCCAUACCCGCAACUCCCCCAACAACCAAUCAUUCUCCAGUGACACCAGCUCCAGCUCCACCCACUGGCGUCAGAAGUCCAAUCCAGAUGGGUUUAAUGCAAACCGCAGCUCGCCAUUAGCUGCUGAUCGUCAAAUGGUGAAAGAGUGUGUGUGGGUUACACCCAGCUGGGUCAGAGUGGUGGAGGGAGAAGGAGCCAGUAGGACACCAUCAGACCUGACAAAAGUAAAGCCAGUCCUAACGAACAUUGAUCAACACCACAAAGAUCUUAACACAUCACUCUACCCAAAUACGAACUCCAAGAACGAUCCUACGUCCAUCAACCAAUCCAGCAUCACCACGCUGUCCAGCCUUGCCUCCAGCUCCACACAUAGUGACGAGAAGUGGUUCGAUUUGGGUGGGAGGCUGGACUCUGAGCUGAAUGGCUUUACAACCGCUUGUCCCCAGGGAACUACUGCCAAUGGCGCCGGUGAAGCUACGUCCAGGAACCUUGACUCUGUUUCAGUUAGCAUCAGCUCUAAGCUUAAAGAGAAGGCCGCGGCUCAUUGGGGGGAGAUCACCUCCACCUGUCAGGCUCCGCAGGUCUCCCCUGCAGGCUCAGAGACACCUCUUCACACAGAUCUCACUGAGAAUCAGGCCAAAAGCUCCCUGCCUACAGAUACCUGUUCCCAUACUGUCAGUGACACAGCCUCUUAUUCCAGCACUCUGAGUUCAGUGCACUCGGGCAGCCCACCGAGUUCUGCUCAGGAGGAGUCAACCCCCUCCACCUCCUCCCCCACCCAUCCAUCCCUCUCUCCUGGAGCCAAGAGCUUCUACCCCCGCCAGGGAGCCACCAGCAAGUACCUGAUUGGCUGGAAGAAACCAGGGGGCACCAUCAACUCGGUGGAGUUUGGUAGCAGUCGCAAGCGGCAUCAGAGCGAUGGGUAUUUAGGUGGGCAGCCUCAGCUACGGGCCACUAUGAAGGUGAGCCAGUCCCCUCAGCCCACUCCCAAAUCCACUGUAGAGGAGGAUCUAAAGAAGCUCAUCGCUCUGGACAGCCCACCUCCUAGCUGCAGCAAAACUCAGCCCUUAUUCUCACUGUCCACACCAAGUCCCCGCUCCUUACAGCGGACCUUCUCUGACGAGAGUAUCUUUAGCGGGCAGAGGGUGCUCACGGCAGCCCGUCAGAGUGCCAACCUGUUCGGUCGCUCCACCAUGCCACGCUCACCCAGUGCACGCAGCGCCUCACUGCACCAACAAUCUUACACACAGGGUGCCAAAUCUCUGGGUGACCUCACUUUUACAGAGAGCAGUGUUUUUGAGGCUGCACCAUGCAGGAAGCCCCAGCAGGACCCUGGCCUCAUCCCGCUUCCUGAUGCCAGUGCAGACAGCGGGCUCGACUGGUCUGACCUAGUGGAUGCAGCCAAAGCCUUUGAAGUUCAAAGAGCAACAUUCUUGGCCGUGAAAGAUGUCACUUCUAGGUCAGAGACACACACCCCCAGCUCACAGAAGACCGAGCUUCAGACGUCCCUACAGCAGCACGUCUCUUCCAGUGAGAGUUCUGCCAGUCUAAUUGGGAAGGUCAGCCAGCUGGAGUCUAUGGUGAAACUGCUGCAGGAGGAUCUGAAAAAGGAGAAGGAUGCGAAGGCCUCUUUGCAGGCCCAGAUUCAGAGUCUGAGGGUAGACAAUCAGCGGCUGCUUGAGGAAUCUCAAAACGCCUCAGCCAAACUGAAGAAAUUCACAGAGUGGGUUUUCAACACCAUCGACAUGAACUGACUCUCUGACCUUCCAGUGCCGUAUUGCCACAAAUGCAAUAUGAUUAAUCAAAGUGAAUCACAGUGAAUGAUUCACCGUGACUCCUCACAGUCAUAUAUAACUGAAAGUCAUGACGGGAACCCUGCAUGUGUUUCUAUUGUCCUGAAAUCGGGGUGGGUAUCUGUGCAUGCCCCCCUUAGAGUGCCAGACCUGACCGAACUAUUUCCAUAGUUCUAUUAUCAGGAGAACUACUGUAGUGUAUGACACUUUUUUGGGGGUCAUUAAUUUUUUUAUUGCUCACUUCCUCAGUGUUCUUUGGUUCUCUAUAAUGUGAUGUCCUUAAAGAAACUCUGCCUUGGUAUCAAGGCUGUAACACUAAUUAUUUAAUUCACUAACAGGUAAUUCACUCACUUUAUAAAAGUUCAAGAAAUUGCAAAGAAAGCUAUGACCAAGUUCGCUAUGCUGUGCAGUUCAAACCUGUGUGAGCAUAAACAUAUUAAUAAACACUUACAUUUAGAGACCGGUGAAUUAACUGGUGGAUUUACAGGUGAUUUGCCACAUAGCAGUAGAUGUUUGGAGACCCGACAUCAUGCUUGAUAAAGACACUGUGGAAGCCAUUCCUAUGCCGUUACAGUGACCUUACUUUGGGCAAUUACCAGAAUUUUAAACUCUCUGUAUAUUCACAUAACCAUUGGCUAUGUAGUUGGCCAUUGGCUGGUUUACUGACUGUUGUGUUUGAUUACUGAUGGUUGUGAGAAAGGGGUACUGUCUUGCUCCUCAUGUUCCACUGACACAAAUAUGAUGGAGAUGUCCAGAUUGAUGUAUUUAUGUGCAAAGGACUACAGUGGCCUCAGUUAUCCUCUGGCUAAGAGCCAAACUUGCAGUGAAGUCUGACUGCGGUCAGCUACGUUGCUUGCUCCUGUUGAACUGUUACGAUGAUGAUAAUAUACUCAUCUUAGAGGUACCUGUGGUUGGUGAUUCUCAAUCCUGCUUCGAGGUCCAUGACUUAUUUGAACUGACCACUUAACUGAACUGAAAUAUUUGAAAGAUCAAUAAAAAUGUGAUCUACAGCCUUAUGUGUAACUUGACCUACUGUAUAUCAGCUACAGUACUUGUUAUAAAGCAAGAUGAUAUAUUACUGAUAGAUGGGUGGUGUGCCAUAAGGUAAAUAUUUAUAGCUUAUUGUGUAUAACUAGAAAUAAAUUAACAGCUUCUCUUGUACAAUUGCCCCAUAAAAAGAAAACUUAUUUUAAAAAAUAUUUAUUUGUUGGAUAGUCAUUUUAAGAUGUAUGAAACCAUUUUAAGAUGUACGUAGAGGCACGGGGGAUUUGGCAGAGUGCUGUGUAGCUGUUUGUAAAUAAUUCUCUUUUUUCCUCUCUUUUUUUGCCAUGGAUAAGUGAAAUGUUGCCAUCUAUUGGAGAAAAUGCCACAUGUACGUCACUAAAAGGAGCCACUAAAAGGAGCCACUAAAAGGAGCCACUAAAAGCUCAAAAUGGCAUUUUCUAUGAUUUACAAAAUGUGGUUUACACCUCUUUAUUAAUUUUUAUCUUUAUUAUAAACAAAUGGCAUCAGAAAAGACAGCAAGACGUUUUUCCUUUCAUGGAGUUUAAUCAUUGUUUUUAUUGUGCUUGUUAAAUUGAUGUCACAUUUCCUCAGUGUGUUUUCCCCUCUUAUUUGUAUUGCUCUCCUGAUAGAGCUUAUUUUCCGUUGUCUGAAAUCUGACAUUCUCUCUGCAGACAUUACUGGAUCCUCUUUCCUGUUGGAAACUGUUAUCUCCGACGUGCAGUAGCAUGUUGUAAUUUUUCCCUUAACCUUUGACAUGUAAAGACAUUUAUUCCAUUAAAAAAAUAUUUUGGGCAUUUUAA